UUCUGUGUGUACGUCUGUGUGCAUGUGUUGUGAAUCAUGUUGAUAACAUAUUAGAUAUAAUAAUAUAAUUAGCACUACGUAAUAUUAUUAUUGUGUAAAGUACAAAAAUGGCGGCAAAAUUACUAUUAUUAUUAUUUCUCUUCUGCAUGGGAGUCUACUGUCGUAAUGGGUAUAAAUUGAAACAAGUUUUAAUACUGAGUAGGCAUAAUAUCCGUGCACCGUUGAGUACUAAUUUACAAAGAACUACAGACUUACAAUGGCCUGUAUGGGAAACACAGGUGACACAUCUAACUCCAAAAGGAGCGCUACUCGAGGGUUAUAUAGCGCAUUACAUAGCAGAAUGGCUAAAAGAAGAAGGUUUAAUUAGCGACUCAUGUCCAGCGAAAAAUGAACUUCAUGUAUAUGCAAAUACGCCUCAACGCACAAAGGAAACUGCAAAAGCAUUCGUCAAGUCUGCCUUUAAAAAUUGUAAUGUCUCUGUACACUAUAAAGACACGGCCAAAAUGGAUCCUUUAUUUCAUCCCGUUGUACACAAUGGUACGGAGGAAUUUAAAGAAAUCGGUGUAAGAGAAAUGAAAGACAUAUUGGAUAAAAUGAAUCUUAAAGAUACAUAUAAAUUAAUCGACGAAAUAAUCGAUUUCAAGAAUUCUGACAUCUGCAGAACUGAAUCAAUGUGCGAUCUCGUAAACGGUAAAAAUGACAUUAUAUUCGAACUGAACGAAGAGCCCAAUGUUUAUGGACCAUUAUCAAUCAGUAAUUCCAUAGCAGAUUUCUUUCUUAUGAGCCUUUAUGAGGGCUUUCCGAAAGAAAAUAUCGCAUGGGGGAAAAUGACAGAAUCACAUCAUUGGAGGUUGUUAUCUAAUAUUGUUCGAGAAGACCUAAACGUUAGAUUUAAUAGUUCGAUCUUAUCUAAAGACAUAGCUGAUCCUUUAGUGCAAUAUAUGGCGAAUAUUUUAUUGAAUGAGGAAACCAGCGCGCCAAAAUUGACGUUGCUAUUUGGUCAUGAUUCCAAUUUGUAUUCUGUUAUGGCUAGUUUAGGUUUCAAACCGUACAAUUUGCCAAAUCAGUAUGAACUGACGCCAAUUGGCGGGAAACUGGUUUUUCAAAAAUGGUAUGAUGAAAAACAUAAGCGUGAUCUUUUCAAAGUGAAUUAUGUAUAUCAAACGGUUAAACAAUUACGACACGGUACUCCACUGUCAUCAGAAAAUCCACCGAAAUCAGUCAUAUUGGAAAUUAAAGGAUGCAAAAUAAAUAAAAAAGGAUUUUGUCCAUGGGAAGAUUUUAGGAAAAUACUUAAAAGUUCUGAUUGAAACAGUUAAUAAUAGAAAAAUCAUAAUAAU